AUGGUAUUGUUUACAAAACCCAUUCAGAUUGAAGAUGAAUCAGAAGGACAAAUUAAAACAACAGCAUCAGCAGGAUCGUCUAGUGAAUCAUCAGUAACAUCAUCAACCUCACCCACCAUAUCUGCAAGCUCUACUUCUACAACUCAUAGUUUGCCUUUUUCUUCUAUUAGUACUCUAACGUCAGCAUCUAAUAACCUAACAGAUUCUUCACCCACAACUUUCACAACCACCACCUUACCAAUUACUUCUUCAAUCACUAAUGUACAAACAGCCAGUACAACCACAACUAUACCAGUAACUUCUACAACAACCAAUGUCACUGCAACUUCAACAACCAUACUGUCAUCAACUACUUCAGCCACAACUGUACCAACUUCUUCAACCACUACUGUCCCAGAAACUUCUACAAUCACCACUUUACCAACAUUUUUGAACACCACUGCAACAGCAUUUACCACAACUACUGCUGGAACUUCCAUGAUUUCAACUUCAAAUUUAUCAGCAACUUUUACAACCAUUACUGUACCAGCAGCUCCUUUGACCACUUCUCCACUCGCAACUUAUUCAACCACUGCUAGGCCAACAACUGUAUCUGGAACAUCUACAACUACAAUUGAACCAACAAAUUCAGUAGCCACUACUUUAGCAGCAACAAGUUUAACCACCACUGUUCAAGCAACAACAUCAGCCACUGUUGUGUUAGCAACUCCUUCAUCCACAAUUGCUACAACAAAUUAUACAACCACAGUUGCAUCUGCUAAUUAUACAACCACAGCUGCACCAAAAAACUAUACAACCACAACUGUGCCAGAAAACUAUACAACCACAGCUGCACCAGCAAAUUAUACAACCACAGCUGCACCAGAAAACUUUACAACCACAGCUGUGCCAGAAAACUAUACAACCACAGUUGUGCCAGAAAACUAUACCACCAAAGCUGCGCUAGAAAACUUUACAACCACAGCUGCACCAGAAAACUAUACAACCACAGUUGCACCAGCAAAUUAUACAACCACAGCUGUGCCAGAAAACUAUACAACCACAGUUGCACCAGCAAGUUAUUUACACGCCCCACGGCUCACCAGAAACUUAUACAACCAAGCUGCCCCAGAAAACUCUACAACCACAGUUGCACCAGCAUUUAUACAACCCAAAAGCUGCACCAGCAAAACUAUACAACCAACCCACUGUGCCAGUAAACUUUUACACCAAACCAGCUGCACCAAGAAACUUAUACAACCACAGCUGCACCAGAAAAACUCUACACUACAGUUGCCCAAGCCAGUUUAUAAACCCGAGCUGCACCAGAAAACUAUACAACCACGCUUGGCCAGAAAACUUUACAACCACAGCUGUACCAGAAACGAUACAACCACGACUGUUGGCCACAAACCUAUACAAGCUUUACAGUUACACCCAGCCAAUGAUACAACCACAGCUGCCCCAGAAAACUAUACAACCAACCAACUGUGCCAGAAACUUUACAACCACAGUUGCACCAGCCAAGUUUAUACACCACAAAGCUUUGCACCAGAAAACUAUAACCAACCACGCUGCACAGAAAACUCUACAACACCCGAUGCACCAAAAGCAAGUUUAUACAACCAAAGCUGCGAACCCCAGAAAACUUACUAA